AUGGCGACUUCCAUGCAUCAGUUCAUAGCUUGGAGGCAAGCCAUGGGAGAGACCAACAUAGAGAAAAAGAUCAAGAAGAGGUCUAAGAGUGUCACGAGUUCCAGUACCUCUAGCAGUGACAGUUUGGCCAGUGAGUCUUCAUCAGAGAGUGAGACUUCUGUCUCAUCCUUUUCAGAGGACAGUGACUCAGAUGACAGCCUCUCCAGCUCCUCCUCUUCUUCCUCCUCUUCUUCCUCCUCCUCUUCUUCCUUGUCCUCCUCUUCCUCCUCUUCCUCCUCUUCUUCCAGCAGCAGUACCGAGAGCAUCUCUGAUGACAAGCCACUGAAGAAAAGGAAAAAGAAAUAG